UGAUCCGCCCUCUGGAAACAGCUGAGGGCAGAGCGACAGCCACACAGGAAUCCUGGAGGAGAAAGAAAGAAUAACAGCACUUUUACUUUGAAAGUGGGAAGCUUCACACUCCUGGACAGACAUGCGCUGGAAAAGUGAAGUAACAGUAGAGUGUUGCGUUGUUAACGAGACUGAAAACGGAUCUCUGUUGUCCAACGAUGAGCUUCUCGUCAUGUGUGAAGAUUGCAAAGGAGACGGAGAGCUGCUAGGCACAUGCACUGAGGACAGGAGAGACAUUAUGGGCGCGUCGGUGGAAGUUUUGGAUGAAGACGCGUCGUCGCUGCGGGCGAUGGCAUCUGCGCCUCUGUUAGGCAGAGCUGUGUGUGCGAGCUGCAACGAGGAAAUUGUGGAUAAAUAUUUAUUAAAGGUUAACGACUUGUGCUGGCAUGUGCGUUGUCUCUCCUGCAGCGUGUGCCAGACCUCACUUGGCAGCCACACGAGCUGUUACAUCAAAGAAAAAGAAGUGUUCUGUAAACUGGAUUACUUUAGCUCCUGCAUGUGGGGGUCUAAUUCGCUCACCAUGACGUUCACCUGCAGAAGAUACGGCACCUGGUGCGCGUGCUGCGGCCGGAACAUCCACUCCACAGACUGGGUCCGCCGGGCCAAGGGCAACGUCUAUCACCUGGCCUGCUUCGCCUGCUUCUCCUGCAAGAGACAGCUGUCCACCGGGGAGGAGUUCGCUCUGGUGGAGGAGAAGGUGCUCUGCAGGGUCCACUACGACUGCAUGCUGGACAACCUCAAGCGGGCCGCGGAGAAAGGAAACAGUGUUAACGUGGACGGGGCCGUGCCCACUGAACAGGAGAUUAACCAGCCCAAACCCUCCAAGAGAGCACGGACCAGCUUCACUGCCGACCAGCUGCAGGUGAUGCAGGCCCAGUUUGCUCAGGACAACAAUCCAGACGCCCAAACGCUGCAGAGACUGGCGGAGCAGACGGGCCUCAGUCGAAGAGUCAUACAGGUCUGGUUCCAGAACUGCAGAGCGCGCCACAAGAAGCACGUGAGCCCCAACCACACGUCCAGCACCUCCCUGACCUCCCUGCAGUCCAACCGCCUCUCGCAGCCCACCCCGACCCCCGAGGAGCUGCAGUACACAGCUUACGGAGGCCCGGAGGGAUCAAUGCUCUCUGCACUACACUCCUUCAUAGACAGUGAGCACCAGCCUUUUCAUGUACACUCCCCUCCAUCCAUGUUUCAACCGCUGCUGCCAGCUCACGCCAUGACCUCCCUGCCUGUGUCUCACGCCUGAGCCGCACAUGCCCCCCCCCCCCCCACACACACACACACAGUCGUCAUUAGCAGCAGCAGUAUUCAGAUCGCCACAUUUCCUUUACUUCAACUGUCAGUAAUUCAUUAAAUGUUGACAUUCUUUGAAAACACUAAAUUCGCGUUAGAGCAUGUAACGGAUGACUAUAAUUUGUACUGUAUAAUGUGGAAUUGGAAAGGUUUUAUUGAACCUCAUUGGAUUGUGACAUAUGACAUUAUAGAUUUAUAUUUGUUUGUGUAGUUGGUGACACAGUUUGACCGUGCUCCUCUAAGUGAACGCCACCACCCCCCCAUGUCAACUCAUUAUGAAGGUGAACUUGAAAUUGUUUGUAUAGCAGUGUUUGGAUAUUGCAAUUUUAUUUAUUUAUUGUAUGUGAAGUCUGUUUUGAAAAUAAAUGUCUACUUUCACAAACCCGGAAUGAAUGAAUGAAUGAAUGAAAACAGAUAGUUUACUGGUCAGAUCCAGUGACAGCUGACAUGCUGCAGUGUUAAGACCUGAAUGGGCAUGUUUAGAAAUUGGAAAUGAAGUAAAUACAUAGUAGAAAAAACUAUUUAUUGAUGAAAACAGAAGUACAAAAACAUCUAUAUUUGAACGCAAUAUAUUCUGUUAAAAACACACAUGCAAUUUUUACUGUAUAAAAAAAUAUAUGAGGCAUUUAUACUGUCAGCUUUCUGCACAAAUGAGCCACAAUAAAUAAAAACAGUUUGGAGUAUGGACAGGUUUGAGCA